CCCCUCUACUGGGCCUGUGCCUGUAAUGAUCCUACCAAACUCCAAGCCACCCUCGAUCUGGGAGUCAGCCCUGAAGAGGCCGCCCAGGUGGACAGAAAUGGGAGGACAGGCCUCAUGGUCGCCUGCUACAAGGGCUUUGACAGUAUCGUGGUCUUGCUCAGUCACUGCCCCUUCCUUGAUGUCAAUCAUCAGGACAAAGAAGGAAACACAGCCCUCAUGCUGGCUGCCCAGGCAGGACAUAUCACCCUGGUGAACUACCUGCUGAACUACUACCCAGGCCUGGAUCUGGAUCGGAGAGACAGCCGAGGCCUGACAGCUCUGAUGAAGGCUGCCGUGCAAGGCCGCUCAGACUGUGCUGACCCGACAGCCGUGGACCCGGCUCGGGGCAAGACAGCUUUGGAAUGGGCAGCCCUGACUGAUAGCUUCGAAACCGUGGUAAGGAUCCGUCAGCUGAGUCGGCAUCCUCGAGUUGAGCAGCUGAGUAGGCACUAUCAGCUCGAGUGGCCAGCCCUGGCUGGGCUUGUGGCCCAGGCCCAGACCAAUCUCACGCCGUCCUUCCUCGAGAGACUGCAGAGUGCCUUCAGCCUUCCCUUCCCCCAGCCCCCCCAGGAGGGCGGUGUAUUGGAUCACCUGGUGAGAGUAACCACCAGUCUAGCCAGCCCCUUCAUCAUCACUGCUUGCCAUACUCUAUGCCCGGACCUCCCACCUGAACUGGGCAUGCUUCGUCCUUCUGUGCCGGAGCUUCAGGGCACAGCACCUCUACAACCCCAAACCCCGAAGGUCUCCCAGCCUCCCUCCAGCCAACAGGUCCUAGUUCCGUAUCAGAGGCCAUCAGGGGUGUCGAGCCUGUGUCCAGAUUGGCUGCUGGCCAAGAAUCAUAGCAUCUCUAAGACACAGGUCCCCCAAAUCCACCUCACCAAGGCUCGAUCCCAAUCCAGGCAGCAGAAGCAGUGUUCGACACCCACAGGACAUCGAGGACUGGUACUCCCUUCCUGGCACUACCAGAAACUCAGGGAGGAAAGGAAGUUGGCAAGGCCAGGGAGCUGGAGCCGGGGCUGGACUGGGCUUGAGGGAGCAGCGGAUGUGGGAGGAAACGGUAUAUUAGAGGGGAGGGAGUGGCGGAGCCGGGCCAGGCAGGAAGAAGCUGGAAGAAGCCACUUUACAGCUCCUGCCCCCUUCCCAGUCUUUUCCCGAGUGCCUGCUGGCCGAGCAAGCGGCCCCCGGGGCCUGGCGGGGCUGGAGAGAGAAUCGAGAGCAUCCCCACCCUAUCCCCGGGCCCCCAAGGGCCCCAGGACCCCAGGACUCCAAGCAAGCGGCCGGCGACUCAGCAUCCGCAGACCAUAUCCAGAGGAGGAGGAGGAGGUGGUGUCAGGGGCAUGGGAGGAGGACAGGAGCUGGCCUGAGUCCACACCUCUCUCCGCGCCCCCCCCCCCUCCCCAGUCCAGGGCUGCUAGCCUUCGGGCCACAGCCUAG